AUGUCAGAACCGGCGGAAGUAGAAAUUCGGCGCCUAGAGCUGCAGUUUGAGCUGCAGAAGAUGCAGCUUCAACUGCAGGUUAUGCAGCUCGAAUCGCAGGAACGAAUUGCCCUGCGGCGCGCGGAGUUGGAGAUAGCGGGUGGCAGGCGGACUCCUUCGAGAUCAGACGCGGGGGAGCGACUGCGCUCGGGCUUAGACCCUAUCGUCCAGUGCGGGAAAGUCCUCAAGGGACUCAAGCUUCCGUGCGAUGCGGACGUACCACUGUGGUUUGAUGAGGUGGAGAGAGUGUUCACUGCGUACGACAUACCGCCGGAAAGUCGCGUUCAUUUGGUAAUGCCAGCGCUUAUGGAGCGGGUCAGGUACUUGCUUCGCGGACUCAGCGAGGACGAGUGCGGCGAUUACGACGCGGUUAAGGCGGCCGUCCUCAAUGAACUCAAGCUUACUCCUCCCGAGUAUCUCGAUCGAUUCGAGACGGCCGCAAAACGAAAAGACGAAACAUGGGCGCAAUUUGCAUCACGUGUCGAGACAUACUUCGACUAUUAUUUGCGCUCGAGAGAGGCGACAACAAAAGACGAGGUUGUACAGCUGGUCGUCGCCGACCGUAUGAAGGCUAGCCUGAGUCCGGAAGGUCUAGAAUAUGUACGUCUACGCGAAGGCGAAUCUUGGCUGAGGCCGGCUCAGAUCUCGCGCGUGUUACAGACUUUCGAGCAGGCGAAAGGCAAAGGCCGUGCAACACGGCAACAAAUGCCACCAGCACAGCAGGAGAGGGAGACACCCGUAGCCGCACCGCCCGCAUCAGAUGAGGAGGCAGCAGAAGCCGCCGAUGGCGCGGACACCGACGAGGUUCCGAGCCAGCGAACCAAACUCCGAACCGCCCAGCUGGCGGACGAAAGUUUGAAGAAAGCGUGGGCAGACGCGACGGCAGGGAAGGCAGGCAUGUUUGUCUCAGACGGCCUUCUGUAUCACUGGGACUCAAUUGCUGGCAGCAAAGUGAAGCAGCUCGUGUUGCCCGCUAGCAUGCGUCAGGAGGUGCUGCUGCUGGCACAUGAGUCCCUGUGGGGCGGACAUCUGGGACCAAAGAAAACGAAGCUGAGAAUAAAAUAUAGCUUCUUCUGGCCUGGUCUAGAGGAGGCUGUUAAGAGACACUGCAGGACGUGCCAUGGCUGUCAGGUUCGUUCGGAUAGGCGCCUGAAAGACAGGGUACCUAUCACGCCGCUCACAAGACCAGAUGACCCCUUCCAGGUGUUCAACCAGAAGACACCCGUUUUUUGCGAAACAGGACUGACAAGCGGAACCAAAGAAGUUGCGGUUCGUCACUCUACCGAGGCAGCUCCAGAAAACUGGAGUUGUGGCUCCAAGUUCUUCUCGGACGAGAUGAAAGGAUCAGAGCCUGCAUGA